AUGAAAAAAUUACCGUUUUUGAUAAUAAUUAUAUAUAUAUUUUUAAUAUUAAUUUCAAUUUCAUCAUCAAUAGAUUAUAACUAUAAUAAUGAUAUUGAUAAUAAUAAUAAUAAUAUAAUAAAUCGAAAUAAAAAUAAAAAUAAAAAUAAUUUGUAUAAUAAUAAAGUAAUAAUAAAGAAUGAUGAUAAUGAUGAUGAAAUAAAUAAUAAAUUUAAAAUUAGGUUAGAUGAUAAUGAAGAUCAAGAUAUAUAUAAUGAAUAUCAUUUUUUAAGUAAAGUGCAUAAUAGAUUAGCAUUUAAUAUUUUUGGAAGUAGUAGUGAAAAUAGUGGUAGUGGUAGUAAUAGUAAUAGUAAUAGUAAGAAUACAGAUUCAUCAACUGGUCCAACACCAUCACCAAUAUCAAUUAAUGGCACAUUAAAUUCAACAGCUACUGUUUAUUGGUCAGGUGGUAAAUCAAGUUGUAAAUCAGUGAAUUGUACAGAAGAAGGUUUUUCAACGGGUGAUAGUUAUGCGUGUAGUUAUGAAAUUACGCCAACAUAUCAAAGAGGUCAGUGGGAGAAGGGUGUAAAAUAUUUUAAAGAUCCUUUACCAAAAUCAAUUUUAACAAGUCAAGUGGUUGGUGUAUCAUUUGUAAUCAAUGGUGUGGUUGGGUGUACGCCAUUGAAACAAGAGUUGACAACUAUCGAAUUCUUAAUUCAAGAUGUUCAAGUUGGUCAAACCAUUUCAACCAAUAGAAGUGACGAUUGUUCGUGUGGUAUCUGUUAUAAAGAUUAUGAAAUUUUACCACAAUCUUAUGAUUUAUUAGGGUAUAAUAAAAGUGGGUUAAAUAAAGUUCAAUUGUUAUUAUUGGAUAAUUCAAUUUGUGCCACGAGUUUAGAUAUCAUUUUCUAUUAUCAUCCCUCAACAAUACCACCAACACCAACUCCAACACCAUCUAAACCAACAAUAUCACUACUUAAAAAGUAUUUAAUUAUAGGUUUUUCAAUAGUUGGUGGUUUAUUAAUUAUUGGUGGUUGUUUUCUAUUAAUUAGAAAUCGUUAUAGAUCAAGUGGUUAUUAUAAACCUGAUAAAAAUGAUUACACUCAAAUUAAAGAUGGUAAAGAUAUUGAUAUUCAUCAAAUUAAAAUUGGUGUUAGAAUUGGUAAAGGUAAUUAUGGUGAAGUUUAUCUUGGUACUUGGAGAGGUUCUCAAGUUGCUGUUAAAAAAUUACCUGCUCAUAAUAUAAAUGAAAAUAUUUUAAAAGAAUUUCAUAGAGAAAUUAAUUUAAUGAAGAAUUUAAGACAUCCAAAUGUUAUUCAAUUUUUAGGAUCAUGUUUAAUACCACCAGAUAUUUGCAUUUGUACAGAAUAUAUGCCAAGAGGUUCAUUAUAUUCAAUUUUACAUGAUCAAGCAUUACAAUUACAAUGGUCAUUACUUAUUAAAAUGAUGAUUGAUGCCGCAAAGGGUGUUAUUUAUUUACAUAAUUCAACACCAGUUAUUUUACAUAGAGAUUUAAAAUCUCAUAAUUUAUUAGUAGAUGAAAAUUGGAAAGUUAAAGUUGCAGAUUUCGGUUUAAGCACAAUUGAACAACAAGGUGCAACAAUGACUGCUUGUGGUACUCCAUGUUGGACUUCACCAGAAGUAUUAAGAAGUCAAAGAUAUACAGAAAAAGCAGAUGUUUAUAGUUUUGGAAUUAUUUUAUGGGAAUGUGCAACUAGACAAGAUCCAUAUUUUGGUAUACCACCAUUUCAAGUUAUUUUUGCUGUUGGUCGUGAAGGUAUGAGACCACCAGUUCCACAAAAUGGUCCACCAAAAUAUAUUCAACUUUUAAUUGAUUGUUUAAAUGAAAAUCCAUCACAUAGACCAACGAUGGAACAAUGUUUAGAGAGAUUAGAAUCAAUUGAUUCAAGUGGUUAUUCAGAUUUACAAUAUGUUCGUCAACAACUUUAA